AUGAAGUUCUGUGGGGAUUUGGUAACAACCGAAAGAAUGAAGAUAAAUCGUUUCUAUGGCGUGUUAAAGGCAGAAAUUAGAGAGUUCAUCACUCCCUCAAAAUGUGAAACCCUCGAGGAGCUCAUUAAUUUAGCACGAGAUAGAGAGAUCGAGAUUAAAAGGCAAGAAGAGCGCGAUGAAAAGAGACCGAGUGAAAAGGGUGCAAGUUUUAGUCCAUCUAAAAAGGGGAAGUUUCAGGAUCAAGGAAGAAAGGGUAAGUCGAAAGGUGGAAUUACACCAUGCAAGACUUGUGGGAAGCUCCAUACCGGAGAGUGUUUGUUAGGCAAAAAGGGGUGCUUUAAAUGCGGUAAGGAGGGGCAUUCGUCUUAUCAAUGCCCGAAUAACCCGAAGACUUGUUUCAACUGUUUUGAAAGGGGGCAUAUCAAGUCGGAAUGCCCAAAACUUCAGCAAGAGUCAAAGAAAGAAGAUAAGAAGCAAGAGGGUUCUAGGGCGAAAGGGAGAAUGUUUCAAAUCACUUCUGAAGAAGCCAAAUCCCAGCCAAAUGUGGUCUCAGGUAUCUUUCUAAUAAAUUCCAUACCGGUUUAUGUUUUGUUUGACACCGGAGCCACUAUGUCGUUUAUCUCUAGCGAGAUCGUUCAACAUCCUUCCUUUAAGAUUGAACGAAUGUCGAUGCCCUUAGAAGUAGAAAUAGCAGAUAGUAAAAAUUAUUUGCUGCACGAAAUAUGUAAGAAUUGUAAACUAACCAUUGAGGAUGAGGAGUUUGCCAUUGAUCUCAUACCUAUGAUCUUGGGAGAAUUUAAAGUAAUAGUGGGUAUGGAUUGGAUGUCUCUAAACCACGCGGAGAUAAAUUGUGAAACCAAAACUAUACUUCUCCAAACUCCAAGUGGAAGACGAUUAAAUGUACAAGGCGAAAGAAAGAUGGAAGCAAAGUUAUGUACUCUCGUUCAAGCUACCAAAUAUGUGCUUAAUGGGAGUAGAGCAUAUUUAGCUUACGUGGUAAAUACUCAACAAGGCUCCCCGAAGCUUGAAGAUGUUGAGAUUGUGAACGAAUUUCCGGAUGUAUUCCCGGAGGAAUUACCGAGACUCCCUCCCGAGCGAGAGGUAGAAUUUAAUAUCGAAUUGAAUCCGGGUGCGAAACCGGUUGCGAAGGCUCCCUAUAGAUUAGCUCCCACGGAAAUGCGGGAAUUAAUGACACAAUUACAAGACCUCCUAGACAAGGGCUUCAUACGCCCAAAUGAUAUUCUGGUUUAUUCACGAAGCAAAGACGAACAUGCAGUGCACUUGCGUGAAGUACUUGAAGUUCUCCGUAAUGAGAAACUCUACGCAAAAUUCUCAAAAUGCGCCUUUUGGCUCAGGGAAGUGCAGUUUCUGGGGCACGUGAUAAAUUCGGAGGGUGUUUUAGUUGAUCCUUCAAAAAUCGAUGCUGUAAUGAAAAAGAAAGAGAAGUUUGUGUGGGGAAAAGAACAGGAGGAGGCUUUUCGAAUGUUAAAAGAAAAACUAUCACGUCCCCCGGUCUUGACAUUACCAGACGGAACCGAAGACCUGGUGGUCUAUUCAGACGCUUCGCACCAGGGAUUAGGUUGCGUUCUAAUGCAAAGAAGGAGAGUUAUCGCUUAUGCUUCACGACAAUUGAAGCCACAUGAAGUGAACUACCCAACCCACGACUUAGAAUUGGCGGCGGUAGUGUUCGCAUUAAAGAUUUGGAGGCAUUAUCUAUAUGGGGCAAAAUGCACCGUCUACUCGGACCACAAAAGCCUUAAAUACUUCCUUGAACAGAAAGACCUAAAUAUGAGGCAGCGGAGGUGGUUGGAACUUAUCAAAGAUUAUGAUUGUGAUAUCCUUUAUCACCCGGGAAAGGCAAACGUGGUAGCCGAUGCGUUAAUCCGUAAGGAGUAUCCAUCUCCCCUUCGAGUGAAAUCCAUGAAGAUGACAGUUACGCCAAGAUUACUCGAGACGAUACGCGAAUCCCAAAUAAAGUCGCUCGGAGCGGAAGACCUGAAGAAAGAACGAUUAAAAGGUGUGAUCGAUAAUCUAGAAGAGAAUUCGACCGGACUUAAGAGGCGUUACCAUAGUGGUAUUCAAAUGGCACCUUACGAACUACUAUACGGGAGAAAAUGUAGGACUCCCGUAUGUUGGGGCGAAGUAGGACAAAGAGAGAUUGCACCAAGUGAUUUAAUAGCAGUAACGAAUGAAAAGAUUGAAAUGGUUAGAACAAAGUUGAAAGCAGCCCAAGAUCGGCAAAAAGCUUAUGCAGACAAGAGAAGGCGUCCUAUUGAAUUCCAAGUCGGAGAUUUUGUCUUGCUAAAAGUGUCCCCAUGGAAGGGUAUAAUCCGUUUUCGCAAACGGGGUAAGUUAGGUCCCCGUUACAUCGGACCGUUUAAAAUCCUAGCUCGGGUUGGAAGGGUUGCGUAUCGAUUAGAAUUACCGCCUGCUCUACAGGGGAUUCACAAUACCUUCCACGUGUCGCAAUUGAGGAAAUGUCUUGCGGAUGACACAGCAUUAGUACCUCUCGAUGACAUUGAGUUAGAUGAGGGGUUAAACUAUAUUGAAAGAUCGAUAUCCAUUAAAGACUUCAAAGUGAAGAAUCUCCGCAACAAAGCUGUUAAACAGGUGUUGGUGCAAUGGCGGCACCGGAGGGGUUCGGAUCUUACGUGGGAAGCAGAAGAUGAAAUGAGGAAACACUAUCCUUUUCUCUUCGGAAUGUCAAAAAUUUAA